AUGGGAAAACACAAACACAGCAAAGAUAAGUUGUACAUUUUGCAGUCAGAGUAUAGAAGAGAUGCCUUGAUAAAGAAGCAACACAACUGCAUAAGUCUAAGGCCCUUCAGCGACCCCUACUGUGAUGAAGAUGGAAGGCUGUACGAUAAAAAAAGCGUUUUAGAAGAAAUGGCCAAGGGGAAGGAGGAAAGGAAAAAAGCGGAGUCAACAAUUGACCUGAAAAAUCUAAUUAAAGCAAACUUUUACAAACAUAAUAAUGAGUACAUAUGUCCAGUGACGAGAAAGUACUUUAAUCAACACUCAAAAAUUAUUUUAAAUAAAAAAACGGGGAAUGUAUACUCCGCAGAGAUAUACAAAUUAUUUCAGAACAAAAAGGACAUGUUUGAUCCAAUUACGCAUGACCCGAUGCAAAAGACAGAUUUGAUUGUCCUACAGGACCCCCUGCAUAAAGCAACCAAAUCGAAUGAACUCAUCCAAAACUCUGUUCAGGCGAAAAAAAUAAAAACUCAAUCGAUUCAGGAUAAUGGGGCCAUUAUGAGUAUCCUUCAUGAAGUGCAGAAGCAAAAGGGGGAUGUAAAAAGUGGGCAAGACAAAUGUGAAGAUGUCCAAAUGGGGAAACAUCGUUGGGGGAAGAAGGGAGACAAAAAUGAUACAACUCAGAAUAAAGAAGGUAUAGAUGGAACACAAAUGGAAAGAGGAGAUGGUAAGUACCUCUUCUCCCAAAACUAUGCUGACUCAGAUGAUCGAGAGGAUAACAGCGAAAAUGAAAUAAAAAUAAAAUGUGAAAAUUAUAGUGACAAUAAAUUAGCGCAAAGUGUAACUUCAACCAUAUCGAACGUUACGUACAAACAUAGCUUUAUAUACCUUUCCGAGAACCAAGUCCAAGACAUGAUUUAUGAGCAGGUUCGAAAAAACAAGAAAAACAGUUACGUGAGACUCAUAACGGAUGUAGGCAUGAUCAACAUUGAACUCUACGCCUCCACUUUGCCCAAGCUCUGCCACAACUUUUUAUUCCUCAGUGAAUAUAAAUACUAUGACAAAACGGAUAUUUUUAAAAAGGAUAAAAGGGAGGACAUUGUUUAUUUUGGUUCCUGUAAAAGUAAUUACCAUUUAGCGGCAUCCGGAUUUUAUUGGAGAAAAAAAUUAAAAAAAAAAAAAAUGAGAAACAAGAUAAAUGACGAAAAGGCUAUGCAGGCACUCAAAGAAUCGAUAAUGGGGGUAAAUAGCGACGAUGAUAGUGACGUGGCAAUUAAAUAUGUGAAGCAUACUGGGCACAAGCCCCCCUCGGAGAAGAGCUGCUUUGGAAAUGUGUACCUCUUUAGGUACUACAACCAGAUGUACUCCAACAUGUUCUACAUUUGCCUGGCGGAGGAGUACACCACGGGGGACGCCUGUGUGGGAAAGGUUGUAGGCGGAAAUGAAACCCUCGGAAAGUUGAAAAAUCUGGACCCCACUGCAAGUAGUCAUGCUCAGCACACCCUGAACGAAGUCAUCAUUUAUACAAACCCGUUCAAAGACGUGGUGAAAGAAAUGAAAGCAAAUAUGAGAAAAAAGGAGGAGGAGAAAAGCGGACAGGAAAAUAACACAGAGAGCUACAUAGACGAUGGAAAGUACGUCCAGAAUAAAAAUGACAGCAUCGGUAAGUACAUAAAGUGGAACGACUUCAAGAAGAGUGCAACGGCAGCAACCAACGCCGCGGCCCCACCCACCCAUGCAACGAACACCAGUGAAGAAUUAAGCAAACCCAAACUGAGCCCUUUAAAAAAGGAAACGCACUCAAAAUCGAAGCAGAACAGUAGAAUGGAUUUUUCCUGCUGGUAG